AUGUCAUUGAGCGACCACCCCCGAGCCUACGGCACCGCCGCCGUAGCCGUCGCCUUUGUCGCCGGCGUGCUCGUGACUCUCGGUUUCAAAGACCUCUACCCGGACCUGGAAAGACGGUACCAGCAACACAAGCGGUAUCAGCGGCGCGCUCAGGGUGGUCCAACCCCAGCAGGAGGAGGAGUUGCGCCCCGGCGCUCCAGCAUGAUGUUCUGGGGCAGCGGGCCAGUCGAGCUCGAAGACCGCGAGAAGACGGCCAGCGAGGCGCACCUGCCGCCCACAGCCGGCAUCGUCGACGGCAUCGAGGGCUGCAUCGGGCACACGCCACUAAUCAAAAUCCACAGCCUGUCUUUGGCGACGGGGCGUACAAUCCUAGCCAAGGCCGAGUUCCUCAACGGGGCCGGCAACAGCCCCAAGGACCGCGUGGCGCUAAGCAUGAUCCAGGCGGCCGAGGAGGCGGGCCUUUUAGUACCGAACCGCGGCGACACCAUCUACGAGGGCACGGUGGGCAGCACGGGUAUCUCGCUGGCGGCGCUGGCGCGCGCGAGGGGGUACCGCGCGCACAUCUGCAUGCCCGACGACCAGAGCCUCGAGAAGUCGGACCUGCUGCACCACCUGGGCGCGACGGUCGAGCGCGUGCCCGUCGCGCCCAUCACGUCGCCCGCGCACUUUGUCAACCUCGCGCGCCGCCGCGCCGCCGAGCACACGCAGUCGGCCGCCGACGAAAACGCCAGCCGCGGCUUCUUCGCCGACCAGUUCGAGAGCGCCGCCAACCACCAGGCGCACGAGCGCACGACGGGGCCCGAGAUCCACCGCCAGACUGGGGGUAGGAUCGACGCCUUCGUCGCGGGCGCCGGCACGGGCGGCACAAUCGCGGGCGUGGCGCGGUACCUCAAGGACCCCAACACAAAACUCAAACUCUCUAACAAGAACGCCGACGCCAACCUCCGGAUCGUGCUGGCCGACCCGCAGGGCAGCGGUCUGUACAACAAGGUGCGCCACGGAGUAAUGUACGCGCCAACAGAACGCGAGGGCACGCGGCGCCGGCAGCAGGUCGACUCCAUCGUCGAGGGUGUGGGCAUCAACCGCGUGACCGACAACUUCGAGGCGGGGCGCGACCUGAUCGACGACGCCGUCCGCGUCACCGACGUGCAGGCCUGCAGCAUGGCGCGCUGGCUCGUCGAGCACGACGGCAUCUUCGCCGGCAGCAGCAGCGCCGUCAACUGCGUCGCCGCCGUCGUGACCGCUCUCGCCCUGCCCGAGGGCAGCACGGUCGUCACCAUCCUGUGCGACUCGGGCACGCGGCACCUGAGCAAGUUCUGGAAGAAGGUCGCCGAGAUGGGCCUGGAGGACGAACCGACGCCGGACGACCUAUUGGUCCUCUUGGCCAUCGAGAAGCCGAGGUAG